AUGGCGGCGGACGCGCUCAACGGACAUGAUUCUUUUCCGGAUUUUCCGGUCUGUGAACCUCCCAGUGAUUCAGUGUCGGCACUUGAGUUCACUCCGAAGACGGCGCCCUUUAAUGGUCUGUGCGCUGCCAGUUGGGACCAGACCGUCCAAGUCUGGGAAGUGGAUUCCAGCAGCAAAACCGCGACGCCCAAGAGCCUACAGAAGAUGGCUGCUCCUCUCCUAGAUGCCAGCUGGAAUGGUGACGGCAAUCGGAUCUACGCGAGCGACUGCACCGGCAGUGUGUUUGAAUGGAACCUUGAUGCCAAUCACGUCUCUCAGCGGAAGUGCCAUACAGCGGGUGUUCGUGCCUGCCGCUGGCUAUGGACUCCCAAGACGCCCCUCCUGAUGACUGCUUCCUGGGACAAAACACUAUGCUACGCUGCCGAUGUGUUAUAUCCGCUGGCCGUGGUCAUCACAAAGGCCAUCACAAAGUGUGCCAUCAGCAGUGAUGGGCUGCUAUUUGCCUAUGCCUUGGGGUACGACUGGUCCAUGGGACACGAGCACUGUGAUCAUAGACUGAAGCCACAGAUAUUCUUCCAUCCGUGCCUGGAGGAUAUGCGUCCGAAAUGA